UUCGUUACGGUCGUGUCCCUAAAAGAGAAAAAGAAAAGUUAAGAGAAGAAAUGAGAAGAGAUUCAGUUCGCUCUGUUUUUGAACAUUUAAAUUUUGAAUUAAGUAAUGAAGAACGUCUUUUAGAAAAAUUAGAAAAAGGAUGGAAAGAAUUAGAAAAUGAUUUAAGAAUUAUUUUAAAAAGAAAAGAAGAAGAAAGUAAUGUUGAAGAAGAAAAAAUUAUUGAUAGUAAUAAAUUAUGUUUAUUGGCAAAGGCUGUUGUUCGUUUUGCCGAAAAUAUUGGAGGUUUCCGUUUGUUGAGGAUAGAUGAUCAAGCACAAGUUUUAAAAGAAUCUUUAUACCCCGUUCUUCUUCUUCGAUUUUGUUCACUUCGUUUAUUUCCAAAUAAUGAUAGACUUUUUGAUUUGGCUAAUAUUCCAUUAGCUUUACUUCUUCCAACUUCUUCCUUUUCUGCCCUACGUGACUGUACAGUUGAAUUAAUUAUUAGAAUAAGAGCAGCUCGUAGACCAACGGAUUUACCUCUAUCAGAUAAAGAAUUAGCUAUUUGUGCAGCUGUUUGUCUUUGUCGAUUAGAAGGUGCAGGGGAAUGUGCUUCUGGAGGGGCAACAUUCCCCCCCUGCUUCUGGAGGGGAAUGUGCUUCUGGAGGGGCAACUUUCGAAAGAUUAUUAGCGAAUAAACUCAUAGAGUUUCUUAGAAACAAAGACUUUUUCAGCAUUGAACAAUUUGGUUUCCUUAAACAGCGUUCAACUGUAACGCAACUCCUUACCAUGUUAAACCAAAUUUAUUCUUGUGUAGAUAGAGGCAAUAAAGUUGAUAUAGUAUAUAUUGACUUUAAAAAGGCCUUUGACACUGUCCCGAUUGAACUAUUGAUACAAAAAGUUAAACAUAUUGGA